AUGGCUGUGGAGGCGCCUCAGCAGCCUGAACAAGCGGCGGGUGGAUCCGUGGAGCAGGGUGCGGCGGCGGGCGGCGGCAGGCUGAAGAAGGGGCCAUGGACGCCGGAUGAGGACCAGCUGCUGGUGGAGCACGUACGGCGGCACGGCGAAGGGAGCUGGAACGCGGUGCGGCGGGAGACGGGGCUGCUGCGCUGCGGCAAGAGUUGCCGGCUCCGGUGGGCCAACCACCUUCGCCCCAACCUCAAGCGGGGCCCCUUCUCGCCGGAGGAGGAGCGCCUCAUCCUCCGCCUCCACGCGCUCAUCGGCAACAAGUGGGCGCGCAUCUCCGCACACCUGCCGGGGAGGACGGACAAUGAGAUCAAGAACUACUGGAACACGCGGCUGAAGCGGCGGAAGCGCGCCGGCCUGGCCCUGUACCCGCCGGAUGUCGAGCGGGAGGUGGCGCUCGUCCGCGCCGGCAAGCUGAGGCCCAUCGUCGACGCCGACGGCAACGCCAGCAGCCUCCAAGCACCGCUCCUCCUGGACGCGGCCGCGGACCAGUUCGCCUGGCCGGCUGCGCCGCCGUUCCACCCCGCCUUCAACAACGUCGCUCCUCCGCAGCCUUUCCAAUUCACCGGCAACAUUAGCCACAACCCGCAGGCCCUCCUCGCAGCGCAAGUACCGUACCUCCACCACGACGAGGUUUCCGCCGGCCUCGGCCACGCCAACAAGCUUUACGCCGACGCGCUGGGGAUGCCACCGUUGGUGCCCCCCUCUGCGCAGGAGCUUCCUUCGAACCAAUCGCCCGCCGACGCCGGCGGGCCGCUCGAGAUGCUCGUCCUCGAGCAGGACCAGCGGCUGCCCGGCGCCGCCCUGCUCCGCGUUACGUCCAUGCCGGAGCUGGUCUACAACGAGAACGACUACUCCGCGUGGCCGUCCGGCCUCAGCGGUGGCAGUGGCAGCCGAUCCGAAGGCGACGUGACCUCGCAUUAUGGCGGGAAAUGCGACUGCUUCUUCGGCGCAGAUGGCGUGAAGCCUGCGAAGGGGAUGCCCGCGAGCUUGGCGGUGGCAGAGGAGGAGGUGUCCGGCCUGUUCGGCGGCGAAGAGUUGGUGGCCGUGUGGCCGGACAAGCCGCCGGAGUCGAUCACGAAAGACGACUUCAACCUCCAGAUGAUGGAGAUGCAGCACCUCAUGCCCCCCGUGCCGCUCCCGGCAGACGAACACGGCUUGAAUUAA